AUGGCAGCUCAAAGAGCGCCAGAAGAAGACGCGUCGAGAGAGGCUUCAAGAGGCAAUGCGUUGGCAAUGCUGGGUGGGAUUCAGACGAAGAGCGAGAGCAAAAGCAAGAGAGAAGAAUGUUCAAAAAGGAAAAAGGGAAAAAGAAUAAUAAUUAUUAAAUGGUGGUGGUUUUUGAGCGGCGGUAUAGGUAAAAUCAACUGCGAUGGGGCGCGGGAGAGCAGCGCCAGGUUUGGGCUGGUUUGGGGGAGUUGGCGGGAUUGGAAGAGGAAACCUGACCACCGGUGUGGUCACUGGUCACUUGUUCAGGAGUGGUUGCCACACUGUCAACGACAGGGCAGCGAGGGAAGGGGUUUUUCUGAUCUUCUCUUGGGCUUCUUUUCUUCUGCAGCCGGACUAGGAGACGCUCGGUCCAACCAGCCCCGCCAAGCCCGGACCCACCGCAUCGUUUUUCUCGCCAAACCGAUGCAGGCUUCGGUUCCUGCGGCUACCGUACGUGACGUCGUUCGUAUCGUUACUUUCACUUUCUUACCAGUUACCACCGACCAGGAAGCCAGGAGUUCUGCCCGUUCAAAAUAG